UAUUGACUUAUGUUAUAAACGCGCUGCUACGGAUCGGGAAAUCGUCGGAAUCGAUAAAGCAAGAAUACGAAAACGAGAAUUGAAAAAUACAGACACACGAUUUACGUGGUUCACUAACACGAUGUGUGUUAGCUACGUCCACGGGCGAGAGAGAGCCAGUUUCACUAUAUCGAGGAGAUUACCGCUUACAGAGGAGUAUGAGAAGUAUUUAUAGUACUUCUCCAUGUGGGUCUAAACCUAAUCCAAUAUGGCAAAUGAAACUGUUACAGACCAGGCCCAGAACCCGAGCCCAAAUAACAUUAAGCACAUACACCGGGGCGUUGCCCCCGCACCCUCACCAGAGCGUUGCCCCUGGACCCCACUCGCUGACCGGGCAGCGAGACCCCCAAUUACUAGUCGUAGCGGCUAAUAAUCCGAUUCAAGUCACAUCAACAACUUACUUAGUAAUUAAUCAUUAUUAUUCUUCUUGAUAAAUAAUCCCAAUGUGGAAGUCGUCAAACGGUUUGCUCACUUUACCGGCAGCCACCGAAAUACACAAUUGUUUCUAACUAGGAUGGUCCUACGGCUCAUUAUUAUUCCCUCUCCCCUCUGUCCCUUAUCAUCAUCAUCCUCCUCCUUCCAAAAAAACAACUGGCACUCUCUCUGCAUAUUCUUCAAAACCUCAUCGCUACUCCACAAUAAGACCGACCAUCCAAUUCCCCCAACUACAAUUCCUUCCCCUUCCCCUUCCUUCCUCCCUUCCUCACCCCGCCGCCAAUCCCAUAAUUCACCGGCUAACAACAAUGAACGGCGGCGUCUCCAACUCCAAGCUCCCUCUUCUCCUCAAACCAUUCCUCCUCUCCUUCUUCCUCUCCCUCUCAAUUCUCCUCCUCUUCCUCGCCGCCUCCAGAUCCCUCUCUCCAACCCCCAUCCCAUCCCUCCCCACCUCCGCCGCCACCGUCCGCUACCUCGACUCCAGCUCCGCCACCGCCGCCGCCGCCGGCGGCGGCCUCCGCAUCCGUAAAGGGCUCCACUCCUACGACGCCUACAUCCAGCUCCAGCUCAACAAAACCCUCAACCCCAAACUCCGCAAAUUGUGGAAGACCCGCGACUGGGACCGCAAAGUCCGGGUCUUCGCCGCCUUCUUCCGGUCACUCACGCGCCGCGGCCUCCUCUCCAACUCCUCACGCGCCCUCUCCAUCGGCGCACGCGUGGGGCAGGAGGUCGAGGCGCUCCGGCGCGUGGGGGUGAAUGACUCCAUCGGGAUGGACCUCGUCCCUUCCCCGCCGCUCGUCGUCAGGGGUGACUUCCACGCGCAGCCGUUCCCCAACGCGAGUUUCGACUUCGAGUUCUCCAACGUGUUCGACCACGCUCUCUACCCGGAGAAAUUCGUCGGGGAGAUCGAGCGGACGCUGAGGCCCGGCGGCGUGUGCGUCCUCCACGUGUCGAUUUCUAAGCGGGCGGAUAAGUACUCGGCCAACGAUCUGUACAGCGUGGGCCCGUUGGUGGCGCUGUUUAGGGAGUCGGAGGUGGUCGGAGUCCGGCGGGUCGACGGCUUCGGGCUUGAUACCGAGGUUGUCUUCCGGAAAAAGAUGAUACACAAGAACAAGAAGAAGAUAAAUCCAAAGGGUACAGAUUAAUUUCAAUUUUUAUUUUUUUUACAUAUAAAGAGGAUACGAAUUUUUUUUUAUACAUGGAAUUAUUGGCGAAUUAAUUAUUUCUGUAUGUAUUAUGUGCAUUGUUUUCCUUUUGAUUAAAAAAAAGUGUAAUUGAUUAGUGGUUUGACUAUGUAUCGUAAUUGAAAUGAGAUAGUGGAGCCGAAAGGGUAAUUAAUAAAGAUGGAUAGGAAUUAAUGGGGGACAAAUUCUAGAAUUGUGGAAUUGGGGGAAUGGAGUACACCGCACAUUUAGCGUAUGGAAUUUUUGUUUGGAAAGAGAGAGAGAAAAGGAAUAAAGGAAAAUGAUUGGUGCUUGGUUGGUUACAUGGUGGUUUAUGACUUUGUUAUCAAUAAUUGUGCAUGAUUAUCGGUAGAGUCAUGAAUUCUUUUUUAUUUUUAUAUAUUUUGAGCCAUGUGGAUGAUGGUAUAUGUGCCCCUCUUUUGAUGCAAUUGGGGGACCUUCAAUAUCGAUAAUAUACAUUCAUCAUGGAAUUGAUAUUGGUCCAUCUUAUUUGGUGGUUAAAGGACAAUUUUGAUAUGAUUCGUUGUAUUUGAUUUUGUUUGAUAUGUUUUGGACGGAUAAUAUUUAAAUUGUAUGUGAGGUGGAGAGAGUAUGUAUACUCUCUUUUAGGGGUGACAAACGGUAAGUCGGUAAACGGUUUAUCGUUUUACCGAAUCGGUAACCGGCGGUAAACGGUAAACCGUUUAUCGGUGGUAUCGGCAGUCGAGGGUCAAAUGAGGAAGCUCGGUUUACCGACCCCAGUAUCGGUAAAUAUCGACGGUAAUUCGGUAAUACCGAUACCGGACCAGUUAAGGCAUUAACUAAUAACAUAUGCUUCAUUAAUCACAAAUAUUACAUACAUGAAAGAAAGUAAGUAAGUAUAGGCCUCAAAAAUAUUAUAAAUAAGAGUUAAUAAUAAUUUAUUAAUUACAAAAAUGAAGAAAAAACUCAUAAAAAUCAAAAUAUUACAACAUCACUCCAUUGCCCAGAAAUUCGGUUCGGUAAAUUUCCGGUAAACCGAACUGAAAAACCGUCCGCAACUACUCUUUACGGUAAGUCGGUAAAACCGGUUUGUAACCGUUUACCGGUAAUUCGGUAACCGGUAAACCGAUUACAAACUUACAAACCGGUAUUGGUAAUCGAUUCCCACUUACCCACACUCGGUAUACCGAAAACCGGUAAAGUCGGUAACCGGUUUACCAGUUACCGACCGAAUACCACCCCUACUCUCUUCAACUUGAAAUGCCUUCAGCUGCCUCAUUUUUUAUUCGUUUUUGUCUAAAUGACAUAUAAUUUUAUUCAAAUGAUUUAGAAUUUUACUUUUAUUAUCUUAUAUUUUAACUAUAAUAAAGUUAUAAAUAUAAUUUACGGAAUAAUUAAACUACAUUGAUCAUAUUAUAGUUUGUUUUUUUUUUAUUUAGAUUUUUAAUGAGAAUUGAAUAUUUAUUAUGUUUUCCUUUAAAAUUACAUAUUCAUAUAGGCCGACCUGGCCGAUUCGCAUCACAUGAUAAAUUACCCAAUCGGCACCGACUUGCCACGAGGUGGAUACGGAUAUCGAGAUAUCCAUCACGGACCUGACAAACUCCCUAGAUUCCUUUCAUCACAGUAUUUUCGAACAACUUCUUGGAUAACAAGCCUACAUAUUUUUCUUAUCGAUAACAAUGAUGAUAUUGAUGAAUAGUGACGAUAUUAACGCCUUCAUUGCCAUUCCUAGAUUAGAUGUUAAUAUCGGGCUUGUGAGCAUUGUAGUGAAAUGUAAAGGCUAUAUUGCUAUUCCAUUUAAUCACAUCUAGUUCAUGUUAGAGUAUACCUAACUAAAAUCCGUUCUAUCCUUAGAUUAACAGAGCGCGUGGUGAAUGAGUUUGUGUUAUAGUUUUGGGUUGAUGGAAUAGGUUUGGUUUGACAUGGAGAUGGAGUAAAGGUAAUUGAGGGUGGGAGGGAACAAGUGGUAGGUCAAGCCAUGUGCGUAGCCGUUAUUAUGGGGAUGGAUGGAUGGAUGCGUUACUUCCUUUUGUUGCUAGCUGUAACGACGAAAACAACGAGAAGAAGAAGAAGAAGAAGAAGAUGGAAGAAGGUUGGUUCGGUUCUGUCUUAUUCUCCGUCGACAUGCACUGGCAUAGGCUGUUCCCGUGUACAUGGAUAAUGUUCCCAGCGCUUUUUAUUAACCUGUACGCUGCCGCUGGAAUUGCUAAUUAUAUCUUUGAUGCUACGCUAACCCUAGCAAUUAAUUGAUGUUUUUAUCUUCCCUACAAGUUAAUUAUCUCAACUCCACCUCUGUCGAAAUUGUUAUGACAUCUCCACAACCACACAUGGUAAGUACCUUUGUUAUUCUCAUCUCGUAGCGUUAAAAAAAUCAAAGUAUUGCUAUAAGUUCCAUAGGAAGUUCUCCAACUCCCUUGUGUUUAGGAUGGCAAAAAUAUCCGUAACCGUGGAUAUCCGUCCGAAUCCGACCUUAUCGGGUAGGGUAAAAUCCGAACCCGAAGGACUUUUAGCGGGUACGGGUAAAACCUGAACCCGAAUAUUUCGGGUAAUGGGUGGGCAUGGUUUUCUCACUAUCCAACCCGAACUCGCCCGAUAUAUAGAUGCAUAUGGAUUUUGUCUAUAAAUAAUCAUUAUUUUUCUCUAAUAUAUUUUAUAUUUAGCAUAUAAAUAUAAUCUUUUUUCAUGAAAUUGUGUUGUUUUAAUGAAUUUUCUUCAUUCUAGUGAAUUAUUGUCAUACUUUUUAUCUUACGUAAUGUGAGAAUACAUGUGAAUAUUAACAUAUUGGUUGAAGUUAUAAAGAGAAACUAUUACCCAUGGAUAACCGUGGAUACCCCGAAACCCGAACGGGUAUGGGCAUGGUUUUGAUUUUCUACCCGUUUCUUAUGUGGGUAUGGGUAUGGAUAAAAUCCGAACUACUUUGGGUAGGGUAACGGAUAUGCGCUAUCCGUCCCCGACCCGACCCAUUGCCAAUCCUGCUUGUGUUCCUCGACCCAUCAAAGCUCAUCGGUCUCGGAACCAGGGGUAGACCUAGGUGGAGGGCAGAAAAAUUAAUCAACCCCCGGUAGUAGUUUGAGUAUGAGAAAAUAAAAUAAAAAUGAUAGUAUAUGUGAUUCGAAUUUAUAAUACAAUAGUUAUUAGUGAACAUCUUUUCUAUUUUACUACACUUAAUUCGUUGUUGUAAUGUUUUCAUAAAUGUAAUAAAAAACGAUUGUCAUUAUCCUCAAUUUUUCCAAAGUCUUAAAUUAAACCCACGGACUAUCUCUUUCCCACCGUAUUAUAACACAUGAUUUUACCCUGGAGAUUUUGGUCACUUUUCCAAUUAUUUGAUUUCUACAGGAUUUUGAGAAUUAUUCUCAGUGUUAAAAAUGAUGAAUCAAUUUGUGGAUGAAAAUGAACCAAUGAAUUAGCU